AUGGGGCGUUUAGGCCAAUAUGUCAUCCUGCUACAGGUGCUUAACCCAACAGCUUGGGCCACAAACAAGGCAGUGUUCGCUCAUUUUAUGAUGGCGAACACCGUAGCAUACGAAAUUUCCGACUGGGAGCAAGAUAUCUCCUUAGCUCAAAAGGCCCACAUCAACGCCUUUGCCCUCAACAUGGCCUACGGCACACCAGGAAUGGAAAGGUCAACCGCAGAUGCCUUUAAAACAGCAGAAGAUCUCGGAUUCAUGCUUUUCUUCUCAUUUGAUUAUGCCGGAAACGGGUCCUGGCCCCAAGAUCAGAUCGUCGAUUACCUACAGAAAUAUGCCCCCAGUUCCGCUUAUUACACAUACCAAGGGAAGACUUUCGUGUCUACAUUUGAAGGGACCGAAAGUGCCGAUGACUGGGUCAACAUAAAGAACAAGACCGAUUGUUUCUUUGUUCCCGACUGGUCAUCUGUCGACCCUUCAUCUGCCCUCAAGCUUGGCGGAGGUGUCGUGGAUGGGUUAUUCUCGUGGGCGGCUUGGCCAACAAACUCUGAACAAAUGACCACCCUUGUGGACGCUUCAUAUCUAAAUGCCCUCAAAAAGUCCGGGAAGCCAUACAUGAUGCCGGCGUCUCCCUGGUUCUACACAAACAUGCCGGGGUACAACAAGAAUUGGGCGGUGCAGGGGGACGACCUGUGGUAUAACCGAUGGGUGGAAAUUAGCUAUUUAGACCCCCAGUGGGUUGAAAUCAUUUCUUGGAAUGACUAUGGAGAAUCACACUAUAUCGGACCCCUUAAUAGCAAGGGUUACGGCGUGUUCACCUCGGGUAAGGCACCAUACAAUUACGCACGAGACAUGCCACACGAUGGCUGGAGGCUCCAACUCCCCUUUGUCGUUGAUCUGUAUCGAACAGGAACAGCGUCCAUGACACAGGAAAGCUUGGUUGCUUGGUACCGCACCGAGACUGGACAUUCUUGCUCCGGUGGGAAUACCACAGGCUUUUCAGUUUCUGGACUUCAUGUCGACAUCGAUAACGGCAAUUUGCUUGAAGAUAAAAUCUUCUUCUCAGCACUCCUGGCGUCAAAUGCUUCGGUCUCAAUCAACAUUGGUGGUCAAGAGUUCGAUGGUCAAUGGGAACAUGAGCCUUACGGUGGCAUCGGCGUCUAUCACGGCAACUUCGGCCUUAACGCUAGUCAUAUUGGAAAUAUCACGAUUGAAGUCUCACGCGACGAUGAUAAAACUGUGAGCCUUGAUGGUCGCUCUAUUACGGCGACCUGCACCAAAGGCUACGCGAAUCUCAAUGCAUGGGUUGGAAGUGCCACCUCGGGAAGCACUCUGCCCGCAACUUCGCCACAGAUGACCCUAUCUGAGCAAGUCUGUAUCAAAGGCUCUGGUUCAGCAAACUUCACAGAGCUCUUGCAAUGGGUGCCGCCAGGGAGAAACCAAAAGCCACCGAGGAUCAGGGACAUCCUAAAGAUGGAAUCCAAAGCUACACUGGAUUAUGUUCCUUUGCGUGCUACUAUGGAUACUGCCCUCAGAAAACCUGUUAUUCAACCAAGGGCGGGUCAUGUAAUGGCUCGGGCUGUAAGCAUGCCAAUUCAGGGUCAAGGGCUUCUGUUGUUCUUUCCUUAA